UUUGGAGUGUGAGCAUUCCCCAAAGUUGCUCUUGGUGUUGGAGAAAGAUUCUUAAACUUAGGAGUAUUGCUAAGAAUUUUAUUAAAUUUGAAGUAGGUAAUGGAAAGAUGAUUCAUCUUUGGCAGGACAACUGGCAUCCUCUUGGAGUGUUGUAUGAGAGGUUUGGCUCCCGUGUUAUCUAUGAUGCUCAUAGUCGGUUGGAUUCUAGACUUGAUUCUGUUUUAAGUAAUGGCAUUUGGUGUUGGAAGCCUGCUCGGUCAGAGGAGCUUGUUGAUAUACAGAGUCGUCUUCCUGAAGUUCAGCUUGGUUAUGUUGAUAAACCGAUAUGGACGGUUGCUCGUAAGGGUUCCUAUGUAAGUGCUGACACUUGGGAUUUUUUGAGGGAUAAGAAAUGUGAGGUUGAUUGGUGGCAUGUUGUUUGGUUCCCUUUUGCAAUUCCAAAACAUGCUUUUAUCAUGUGGCUGGCUGUACAGAAUAGAUUAAGUACGGGUGAUCGGCUGUUGGCUUGGGGUUUUCAAGGUGAUGCACAAUGUGUGUUCUGCAGGAAUGGUGUUGAGACCCGAGAUCAUAUUUUUUUCAUGUGUAGUUUCAGUGCUCGUAUAUGGAAAAAUUGUAUGCAAAGGUGUAAUGACUUGGCUCCUUCUCUUGAUUGGCAGAGGGUGUUGAAUGACGAUUGUAGAACUUGGAAGAAGAAGACGAUGGCAGGAGUUCUUUGUCGUUUGGUAUUGAGCUCUGUUGUCUAUAAUAUCUGGAAAGCCAGGAAUGCUAUUAAGUAUCAAAAUGCUCCUAAAUCUGAAGAGCAGAUACUCAAGCAGAUUUUUUGGGAAGUUAGAUCAAGAAUUUCUGGAAGAGAAAAGUUUAAGAAAAAUAGAGAGAAUGUUAAAUUUUGUCAUCUCUGGAAUGUAGAUGUCUCUAUUCUUGUAUAAUCCUAGUUGUAAGACUUUUUUGGUUGUUUUGGUUCUGCAGUAGUUUUCUGCUGUGUUUGUUGUUCUGGUUGUUUC